ACCCGACUUCUCAGCCGCCCCCCAAGUUCGCCGGAGCGCUCCUGCGCGGGGCGCGGGCGUCAGCCGGAGCCCCCUCCCCUUCCCCGGUUUGGUUUUUAUGGCCUUGAACCCGCAGUGGAUUCCAGGAAGGAAUGGAUAUGUCUGACCCCAAUUUUUGGACUGUGCUCUCAAACUUUACUUUGCCUCAUUUGAGGAGUGGGAACAGGCUGCGGCGAACACAAAGUUGCCGAACAAGCAACCGGAAGAGCUUGAUAGGCAAUGGACAGUCACCAGCGUUGCCUCGACCACACUCGCCUCUCUCGGCUCACACGGGCAAUAGCCCUCAAGAUAGCCCAAGAAAUUUCUCCCCCAGUGCCUCAGCCCAUUUUUCAUUUGCACGGAGGACUGAUGGACGCCGCUGGUCCUUGGCUUCUCUCCCCUCCUCUGGCUACGGGACGAACACGCCCAGUUCCACCGUCUCGUCGUCCUGUUCCUCCCAGGAGAAGCUGCAUCAGUUACCAUACCAACCAACGCCAGAUGAAUUACACUUCUUAUCGAAACAUUUUUGUACUACCGAAAGCAUCGCCACAGAGACCAGAUGCAGGAACACGCCUAUGCGCCCCCGUUCCCGCAGUCUGAGCCCUGGACGUUCUCCCGCCUGCUGUGACCAUGAAAUAAUUAUGAUGAACCAUGUCUACAAAGAAAGGUUCCCAAAGGCCACGGCUCAGAUGGAGGACCGGCUGAAGGACAUUAUCACCAGCUACUCUCCCGACCACGUCCUGCCCCUCGCAGACGGCGUGCUGAACUUCACUCACCAUCAGAUCAUUGAACUGGCUCGAGAUUGCUUGGAUAAAUCCCACCAGGGUCUCAUCACCUCGAGAUACUUCCUUGAAUUACAGCACAAGUUAGACAAGUUGCUACAGGAGGCCCAUGAUCGUUCAGAAAGUGGCGAACUGGCUUUUAUUAAGCAGCUAGUCCGAAAGAUCCUGAUUGUUAUCGCCCGCCCCGCUCGCUUACUCGAGUGCCUGGAAUUUGAUCCUGAAGAAUUUUACUACCUACUGGAAGCAGCAGAGGGCCAUGCAAAGGAAGGGCAGGGUAUUAAAACAGACAUCCCCAGGUACAUCAUCAGCCAGCUGGGGCUCAACAAGGAUCCUUUGGAAGAAAUGGCUCAGCUAGGAAACUAUACUAGUGGGACAGCAGAAACACCAGAAACGGAUGAAUCAGUGAGUAGCUCUAAUGCUUCCCUGAAACUUCGAAGGAAACCUCGGGAAAGUGAUUUCGAAACGAUUAAGUUGAUUAGCAAUGGAGCCUAUGGGGCAGUCUACUUUGUUCGGCAUAAGGAAUCCCGGCAGCGGUUUGCCAUGAAGAAGAUCAAUAAGCAGAACCUCAUUCUCCGGAACCAGAUCCAGCAGGCCUUCGUGGAGCGCGACAUCCUGACUUUUGCGGAGAACCCCUUUGUGGUCAGCAUGUACUGCUCCUUUGAAACAAGGCGCCACUUGUGCAUGGUCAUGGAGUAUGUGGAAGGGGGUGACUGUGCUACGUUAAUGAAGAACAUGGGUCCUCUCCCUGUCGACAUGGCCAGGAUGUACUUUGCUGAGACGGUCCUGGCCUUGGAGUAUCUGCACAAUUAUGGGAUUGUCCACAGGGAUUUGAAGCCAGACAAUUUGUUGGUCACCUCCAUGGGGCACAUAAAGCUGACAGAUUUUGGCCUCUCCAAGGUGGGCCUGAUGAGCAUGACCACCAAUCUGUACGAGGGGCACAUUGAGAAGGACGCGCGCGAGUUCCUGGACAAGCAGGUCUGCGGCACGCCUGAAUACAUUGCACCAGAAGUGAUUCUGAGGCAGGGCUACGGGAAGCCUGUGGACUGGUGGGCCAUGGGGAUUAUCCUCUAUGAAUUUCUGGUUGGAUGCGUGCCAUUCUUUGGGGACACUCCAGAAGAGCUAUUUGGACAAGUCAUCAGUGAUGAGAUCAACUGGCCUGAGAAAGACGAGGCACCACCGCCUGAUGCCCAGGAUCUCAUUACCUUGCUUCUCAGGCAGAAUCCCCUGGAGAGGCUGGGAACAGGUGGCGCCUACGAGGUCAAACAGCAUCGCUUCUUCCGCUCUUUAGACUGGAACAGUUUGUUGAGGCAGAAGGCGGAGUUUAUUCCCCAGCUGGAGUCCGAGGAUGACACGAGUUAUUUUGAUACUCGGUCAGAGAAGUACCACCAUAUGGAGACUGAGGAAGAAGAUGACACGAAUGACGAGGACUUCAGCAUGGAAAUAAGGCAGUUUUCCUCGUGUUCACAUAGGUUCUCAAAGGUUUUCAGCAGUAUAGAUCGAAUCACUCAGAACUCAGGAGAAGAGAAGGAAGACCCUGGGGACAAAACCAAAAGCACAACUUUGCCAUCCACGGAGACAUUAAGCUGGAGUUCGGAAUAUUCUGAAAUGCAGCAGUUGUCCACAUCCAACUCUUCAGAUACUGAAAGCAACAGACAUAAGCUCAGUUCUGGCCUGCUUCCCAAACUGGCUAUUUCAACUGAGGCAGAACAAGGUGAAACCCGUCCCUGCUCUGGAGACCUCCGCGGGGAGCCAGAAAAGCCAGCCCUUCCUCCUGCUGAGUGUGCUCAGGAGGAGCCCGAGGUCACCACCCCAGCCAGUACCAUCAGCAGCUCUACCCUGUCCGUUGGCAGUUUUUCAGAGCACUUGGAUCAGAUAAAUGGACGGAGCGAGUGUGUGGACAGUACAGAUAAUUCCUCCAAGCCAUCCAGUGAACCCGCUUCCCACAUGGCCCGGCAGCGCUUAGAAAGCACAGAAAAAAAGAAAAUCUCGGGGAAAGUCACAAAGUCCCUUUCUGCCAGUGCUCUGUCCCUCAUGAUCCCAGGAGAUAUGUUUGCCGUUUCUCCGCUGGGGAGUCCAAUGUCUCCCCACUCCCUGUCCUCGGACCCCUCUUCUUCUCGGGACUCCUCUCCCAGCCGAGACUCCUCGGCGGCCUCCGCCAGCCCGCAUCAGCCCGCCGUCAUCCACAGCUCAGGGAAGAACUACGGGUUCACCAUCCGCGCCAUCCGGGUGUACGUGGGAGACAGCGACGUCUACACAGUGCACCACAUCGUCUGGAAUGUAGAAGAAGGAAGUCCAGCCUGCCAGGCAGGACUGAGAGCUGGGGACCUGAUCACACACAUCAACGGGGAGCCGGUGCAUGGACUUGUCCACACGGAAGUGAUAGAGCUCUUGCUGAAGAGUGGCAAUAAGGUGUCAGUCACUACCACCCCGUUUGAAAACACGUCCAUCAAAACGGGGCCAGCCAGGAGAAACAGCUGCAAGAGCCGGAUGGUGAGGCGGAGCAAGAAAUCUAAGAAGAAAGAGAGUCUGGAGAGGAGGAGAUCCCUUUUCAAAAAACUAGCUAAGCAGCCUUCUCCGUUACUCCACACCAGCCGAAGCUUCUCCUGCCUGAACCGAUCGCUGUCGUCGGGGGAAAGCCUCCCAGGGUCCCCCACACAUAGCUUGUCUCCCCGAUCUCCCACACCCAGCUAUCGCUCCACCCCUGACUUCCCAUCUGGUACUAACUCCUCACAGAGCAGCUCCCCAAGUUCUAGUGCCCCCAACUCCCCAGCGGGGUCAGGACACAUCCGUCCCAGCACUCUCCACGGUCUGGCCCCCAAACUCAGCGGACAGCGAUACCGGUCCGGAAGGCGUAAGUCAGCGGGCAGCAUCCCGCUCUCCCCGCUGGCCCGGACACCCUCGCCAACACCACAGCCCACCUCCCCGCAGCGGUCCCCGUCACCUCUGCUGGGCCACUCACUGGGCAACUCCAAGAUCGCUCAAGCCUUUCCCAGCAAAAUGCACUCCCCUCCCACCAUCGUCAGACACAUCGUGAGGCCCAAGAGUGCCGAGCCGCCCCGGUCCCCGCUGCUCAAGCGCGUGCAGUCGGAGGAGAAGCUCUCUCCCUCUUAUGGCAGUGACAAGAAGCACCUGUGCUCCCGCAAGCACAGCCUGGAGGUGACGCAGGAGGAGGUGCAGCGGGACCAGCCGCAGCGGGAAGUGGCCUUGCAGAGCCUGGAGGAGAACACGUGUGACGCACCGGCCCUCAGCCGGGCCAGGCCGGUGGAGCAAGGCUGCCUGAAGCGCCCUGUCUCCCGGAAGCUGGGAAGGCAGGAGUCCGCUGACGACCUGGACCGAGAGAAGCUGAAGGCCAAGGUGGUGGUGAAGAAACCAGACGGCUUCCCAGAGAAACAGGAAUCCCACCAGAAACCCCACGGACUGGGCAAUGAUUUGGAAAACCACUCUACUUUGAGGCUGGAAGAGAGAGAGAAGAAAAUAUACCCAAAGGCUUUAGAAAGGUCAAGUCAUUUUGAAUCUAAAGCAGCCGGUCAGGAGGCCCCAUCCCUGGGCAGCCUGCUGAAGGAUGCCCUUCACAACCAGGCCAGCGUGCGGGCCAGCGAGGGUUUGGCCUUGGAUGGGGUGGCAGCUGGCUGUGGCCAGGCACCUGGGGACCACAGUCAGGGAACCUGUGACUUCAAACAAGCCUCCUCUCCCAGCACCCUUCAGGAUGGUCUCUGCCACUCCACUGACAGGUGCUCCUCCGCGAAGGGUGACAAUGUGGAGAAGGCUCCCCAGGCCAAGGAGUAUCUCCGAUGUGAAAAGUUAGACAGCAGGCUGGCCAACAUCGAUUACCUCCGAAAGAAAAUGUCACUUGAAGACAAAGAUGACAGCCUCUGUCCUGUGAUGAAGCCCAAGAUGGCAUCUAGUGCCCAUGAAUGCCUGCCAGGGAACCCGGCCCGGCCCAUGGUUGGGCAGCAGGAGAUGGCGCCGGCCUCUGAGAGCCGAGCGUUCAUCAGCAGCGCCCACGCAGCUCAGAUGAGCAGUGUGUCUUUCGUCCCCCUCAAGGCCUUAGCUGGCCGGGUGGACAGUGGAGCGGAGAAGCCGGGCUUGGUUGCUCCUGAGUCACCUGUCCGGAAAAGCCCAUCUGAGUAUAAGCUGGAAGGUAGGUCUGUGUCAUGCCUGAAGCCAAUUGAGGGCACUUUGGACAUUGCUCUCCUGUCUGGACCUCAGGCCUCUAAGACCGAGCUGCCUUCCCCAGAGCCUGCACAGAGCCCCAGCCCAGGCAGUGCCGUGGGGCCCGCUGUGCCAGCGGCUCUUGCCAGCAGUGGAGGGAGGAAGGGUGACACCGCUAGUCAGAGGGAGCCUUCCCCUGCAGGCUUCAAGAUGAACAAAUCCUACCUGCUUGAGCCUCGGUUCCUGCCACCCAGCCGGUGUCUCCAGAAUUCACCAUCAGCUCCCCUGCCUGACCCAGAGGUAAAGCAGGACAGGAAGGUUUCCCAUGCCACCAGAAGCCCGGUGACAGACAUGGAAAAUGAUCUCCAGCGGAGAGAGGGCGGCCCCAGCAAACGCCAGGAUCCUAGCGCUGAUGCUAAACGCCUGCCCUUGCUAGGGCAGAACCUGCCUAACACUGACCCACCCAAGUCACGUGGUCCACUGCCACCUGAAGGUGUCCCCUCUAGGGAGAAGCUGAGUGGGAGGGAAUCGUCGGAAAGGGGCCCUUCCACAGCCAGAAUUGAGCCGCCUGCUGCAAGGGCUGACGUUCACAGAGAUCCCUCCGUGGAGCUGUGUCCUCCAGAAGCUGCUAAAACCAGUGACAGCUCCAGAAAUCUCCCUUCUGUGGGAAGGACCCGCCCAGAUCUCCACACGCAGACCCAGGCCAUGGAGAAAGCGUCAGCGCCUUGUGGGAAAACAAACCACAGAGAUGGCCGAGAUGAGGCGAGGCCACUGGCCAGAGAGGACUCCUCUUUGCACCCAGGGGGGACUCCUCGUGAGAGGGAGCUGGGCAGGGGAAGGAGUGGCGUGGAACCCAAGGCAGAAGCCCCUCCUGCCAGGCGGUCUCUGCAGCCCCCCGAGAGUGGGAAGAGUGAAAAGCUCUCCAGUUUCCCUUCUUUGCAGAAAGACAGUCCCAAAGACCCAGAAAGGAAAGAACAGCUACAGCAGCGUCUCAGCAGUGGCUCCCAACCCCCACCGAUUACCAAAGACCUGCCCAGCCUGGCUGCUCGGCAGCACUGCGGCUCCCCCAUCCACUCCUCCAGCAGAGAGCUGGGUGGGAAGCCCUGGGCUGCAGAGCCCGGCCUGGGCCUCCAGGACCCAGCCAAGCCCACUACUGUGCACAGUGAAAGCAGCAUCCACAAGCCCAGGCCUGGCCCUGACCCGAGCCCUCCAAAGUCCAAGCACCCAGACAGGCCCCUCUCCUCCCAGAAGCUGAGCGUGGGGGCUGUGGUGGUCAGAGAGCCUGGCUCGCAGCCCCCUGGCCCCAGCCGAGACGGGAAGGGCAUGUUGGAUGUGUUCCCUGCCGUCCCAGGUUCCCAGAACACAGCCAGCGAUGUGAUGACCCAGGGAGGAAGUGGGCCCUCAGGCUCACUGCCCCCCAAAGGAGGUCCUCUGGACACCAAGCCAAAGCCCCCUGAAGGCGGGCGUGUCCCGGCGAUGCUGGAGAAGCCCGUGCCUGUGCCACGGCAAGGACUCCCAGGGGUGAGUGAACCUAUGGACCAGAAACUCCCCACUGUCAGCGAAAAGCUCAACCUGUCUCCAAAGCACCCCAAACCACCCACUGUGAAAGAUGGACCCCCGCCGUGCAGACAGGCGGACAAGAGCCCUAGUCCCCUGGCCGCCACCGCAGAGAGGAAGUCUGACGGGAGGAGAUGCACGGAAGCACUUUACGUUCCCGCAGACGGCGGGCAGCUGGAGGCCAGCCCGGCCCCGGCCCCCGGCGAGGCCAGGCCGGCCGCGGCCGCGGGGAAGGCCGUGCCGGAGGCCAAGGGCAAAGGACUUGGUCCCCAGAAGCCGCAGACCGAGGCAGGCAAGCCCAGCGGCAUGAAGCGGUCGCCCUCGGCCACGGGGCAGAGCUCUUUCCGAUCGCCCGGCCCCCCGGAGAAGCCUCUGAGCUCCUCUUGCAGCUUCCCCGAAGCCAGGCCCGCAGCUCGCGCGGUCCCCGCCGGCAGCGACCCCGCUCCUGCCAAGGCCAGUGGGUCCCCGGCUGAGCUCGCGGCCCCCAGCAGCAGGGACCAGAGGAGACCCCCGUCUGGGGGCGAUGGCAGAGCUCAGAUGACAAAGAGCGACUCUUUGCCAUCCUUCAGGAGCCCCACCAUCACUGUGGAGUUACAGCACCCCAACCCAGCCACGGUGGGGGGCGCCGGGCCCCGGGACAGGGCCCUCUCAGUGACUGCCACCACAACUGCCACCACCGGAGAAGCCAAAGGGAAGGAGCCUGCCCCGGCCCAGCCUCCUCAGACCAGGAAACAGAACAUGGGCAGAGAGGUGACCAAGCUGUCCCCUGCUCCCAGCACUGACCGCCCCGUGGCCCUUUCUUCUGAGAAGGACUCUGUGGUCCGGCAGAGGCGGGGGAAAGAGAGUUUGCGGAGCAGCCCUCACAAAAAGGCCUCGUAAGGGGCAGGCCCCGGGGCCCUGGGGAGCCCCGUCCUGAAUGUGUACCUGAGUCCUGACUACCUUUUGAAACCAGCACUGUGGGAGCGUCGCAGGGCAGAGCCUGGAGCCCCACCGAGGGAGGGGAGAGGGAGAGAAGAUGGGAGAGUGAAAGAGGGACCUUCUUCCAAUGCCUUCCCAGUUGUAACCGGUAAAGCUGUUACCAGAUAGUGUUUGUGCAAGAAAAAAAUAAAUACCUUCAGUUACAGUUGUUGAAGAAAGGAUUUUCUCUGUAAAUAUCCGGCAGUGUGUUUGGUUUGGGACGUAGUCUUUACCUUGCUGCUGAUUGCAUCAUUUACUACAGCUUUUUUUUUUAAAAAAAAGAUUUUUGCUUUACCACUUAUCAUAAUGUAGUAAUGAAGCAAAAUGUUUAAAACCAAUGUAUGUGAAAGUAUAGAGCCCCCCAUUCGUGUAUAUUCACAUCCACCCACAUGUUUUGGUCUGUGGUUUAAGAGACUGUUUCAAGGCUUCACUUUUCUAAGUUAAACAUCCUAAGUAGAAAUGAAGAUGCAGGAAAGCCCUAAAUAUAGUAGAUGGUGAGUUUUUAUGUGUAUUUUUAACCAGAGAUUUUGAUAGUACUGUAUCUGGCUACCUAUGUUUCCAGAUCUAAAGCAAGAAGUGCUCCGAUCGCUGCAUUAGAACCCUCCUGCGUCAGGAAUGGCCAGACACAUGGCGCCCGUCAUGGUCAUUUCACGGUCGUCCUAGUGGGCACUCCGCUCCUGGGUCCCCCUGUCCGAGAGGCCAGCUGUCCCGGUCUGUGGCUGUGUAUGUCGGGUCUUCACCCCAGGCAGAGCGGGGGCUAUAAACACACCUGGUCUUUAUGUCUGUCCUCCUGCUUUCUCUCCCUCUAAUGCUCUUAAACUCAGGCCUUUCUGCUGUGAGUCGCUAGUCUGAGAAGCACACGUUUGUAGUCCUGCACCAGCUCUGCUCUCGAACAAGAAGGAAGGUUCCUGGCUGCACACAGAUCUGCCAGUACUUAGGUUGAGUAAUAGGCAUUGGAAGAUGUUUUAAAUUUGGGUUUUUUUUGGUUUUGUUUUUUGAAGAAAAGGAGGGGGAAUAGAUUUUGGCAUACAGCAUAUACAUUAAGGAGUAACCAGGACAUCAGAUACCUUUUAAUACAUAGCUGAGGCCUUAUGUUGUAGAUGAAACUUGCUGUUUUUAGCAAGUUCCCUGGUUUCACAUUCAUUUCCGAUGCAUCGAGUAGCUCCAUAUAUUUCAUGACAUGAUCUCUUUAUUUGUAUGCAAAAAAGGACUGUAUUAAUAAAGAGCAGCAUUUUUGUAACAAGACCUGUGGGAGCUAUUUGGUGCUUGAGUGUGACUGUCCUUUUGCUUUUGCUAAGCCUUAUUUGAAUUUUGUACACCAUGGGAUACGUAGAAUUUGUCCAGUCAUAUUAGUGCUGAAGGGUUUUUUUUUGUUUUUCGUUGCAGUUUUUCUGGUGGCUUGUUUUGCAUUAUAAGAGGGCACUAAGUACUAAGAGAAAAUACACACAGAUAAGUAUUUAUAAGAUGCUUGGGAUCCAUAGCAGGAAUUUUUGUUUUGUUUUUGUAAAAGAAAAAAAAAUUACCAGUGAACACUAACCCAGCACCCAGACCCCCUGGGGGUGUCUUAGUAUCUUUAGGCCACAAAAUCCCUCAUCUAAGCACCUGUAGCCCUGUGGAUUGUAAAUCAUUUAGCAAGGCUGUAAACUCCGCUCCAAAAACAAAGGCAUAAUUUAACCAGCUGCUUGGUUGUCUUUCAUUGUAUAAGGAGUUGGCAAUGACAAUAGAAAAAGCAAAAGCAAGGAAACGUCUCCUUGCCCUUUUUUCUCCCAUGUAGUUUUAGCGAUUCCCCAUCACUACAUUGUGAAGUUGUAGAAGAAACAAAUAUUUUACAAGAACUUAAAUGGGUUUGAAAGUGGUCUCAGCAUUUAUAAUUCAUAUCUGUUUGUCGGUGGUUGUAACCCAAUGCUUCUGCAUUCAGGCAUCGAGACAGGCCGAUCGGGGAGGCGGUUCAUGGUUUACAGCCUUUGCUUUUUAACUGUCCAGUUUCCUUUAAAGCACAACUAGGUGCUUGUUUACAAAUGAUAUAUUUAUGUAUAUUUUGUAUAGUGUAUUAUCAUUUUUGCCAAAUAUGUUUUUGCAUUUGGAUGAGUAAAGAGUACUUAAGGUUGCAUUCAUGUAAUACCUGUUUGUUGUUGUAAACCCCUCCACUCGGCUGGUAGAUAUUCUCCUGUGUUCCCUUUGGUCAGUCUCCUGUGAUUGUAAGACGUGCCCCUCGGUAGUACUCCCAGCGGUAGAUUUACCAGCUUAACGUUUGUUAGGAUCUGUGCAAUAAAGUGUUUGCAGUCUUAUUUUCUCUAAGAAAUUCCCUAUGGAUGUCAUCAUUGUUGUAUAUUGAACAAAUAUUUAUACUUAUGCAGUCGCAUAAUAUUGAAAAUAAAAUUUGGCAUGAAAAGAUAA